AUGGCUACGCGCAAGAAGGUGCUGCUUAAGGUGAGUAAAGCAUUGUAAGCAGCGGAGAAGCGUGCGGUUGGGUGCUGUGCAACCUGAGACAGCAUCUGGAAGCUCGUCGAUCAGUCAUGUCUCCUAGUAGGAAGCGGAGACUGGUCCCAUUGCCUCGGUCUCCAUCUGCCACCUCUUUGCUCAUCCUCUCUCCCUUCUUGCCAUCUCUCCGUCUGUCUUCGGAAAAGGUCAUCGUGAGUGGGCUCGAGUCUUGUUCGAUCGGAGUGUGCCGCAGCUGAAGCUUCUGCUCCCUGUCUUUUCUCUUGCGGUUGCCCAGAUCCUCGGCGAUUCUGGUGUGGGCAAGACAUCGUUGAUGAAUCAGUGUGAGUAAACAAGAGGGAGCUCAAAUCGAAUAUCGAGACAAGCGACCAAUUGAUUGGUGGAAUGAUGAUCAUGUGGUCACGUACAGAUGUCAACAAGCGCUUUUCGAGCUCUUACAAGGCCACCAUUGGAGCCGACUUUCUCACUCGAGAAGUCUUGGUCGAUGAUCGAUUGGUGACGAUGCAGGUGAGUCACUGCGGCUAUUGCCCUUGUCGUCCAUAGCCAGAUCUGGGGUUGAUGAAGACUUCGCUCACUUCUUCGCCACCUGCAUCUGUCUGCAACAGCUGUGGGACACGGCCGGGCAAGAACGUUUCCAAUCCCUCGGAGUGGCAUUCUACAGAGGUGCAGACUGCUGCGUGCUGGUCUACGAUGUCAACUCUGCCAAAUCUUUCGAGACUCUGGAUAGCUGGAGAGACGAAUUCCUGAUUCAGGCUGCUCCUCAUGAUCCUGAAAACUUCCCAUUCGUCGUCCUCGGCAACAAGAUUGAUGUAGAGGAGAGCAAGAGGAUGGUGAGUGCUGUGCGGUGCAGAGCAGGCGGGAGGAUAGUGAUGUGCACGAGAGCGGCAGUAGGCGUGAAAAGGCUGCAAAGGGAUCAAGUUGCAGUUGCCCGGCAAAAAGCAACGAUGUCCGUGACGAGCACAUGUUCGACGACGGGAGUGUCAGGGCGGCACCGCUGCUCUGAGUGGGAGGGAUACCGCCCAGAUCAUGAUUCCGUUGCUGUGAUGCCCUGCCACCUCAAGUCUCGUGCUGACCAACUUACCUUUCGUCAUAUCGCCCGCAGGUCUCUCAGAAGCGAGCAAUGAACUGGUGCGCGUCCAAAGGAGGUAUCCCGUAUUUCGAGACGAGCUCAAAGGAUGGUAUCAAUGUAGAGAGCGCUUUCCAGACCAUUGCAAAGGUCAGUAUUUUGGUAGACACAUCAUUUGGCUUUCGGAGAAAAGGUGGCAAGGGAUGCUGACGCCCUUUAUGAACCCGUUUAGAAUGCUCUGCAACAAGAGGCGGAAGCUGAGCUCUACUCGGAGUAUCCCGACCCGAUCAGGCUCGAUUCCGAUGCUCCGCAAUCAGGCUGCAACUGCUAG